AUGGGUGUGCAUGUGCAGAAGAGGGGCGGCUGCCAGGACCCCUUGGCUUUCCAUUUGCCCCAGGAGAACCGUCCCGGGCAGAACGUCCGGCGCUGGCGUGAGAACUGCCGCUGUGGGGCGCGGCCUCGGCGGCUGCCAGUCCUCUCCGACCGCGGGGAGUCGGAGCCGGCGGCGGUCGUGGAUGCAGAGCUGCGCGCCGUCACGUUCACCCAAGCGGCACCCAAGAAGAUUCAUCAACAGACUCAGGAGAGAGAGGCAGCUACUAGCGUAGCUAAUCCCCUAAACCCGUUUGCUGAUGAAGUGAACCACACUCCAUCCAGAAAUGCCCAGGAUUUAAUAGACAUCCCUCAUCUAGGUUUUUCUGAAUCCUCAACAAAGCAGUACUCUGAGCUGUUCCCCAUGGAGGGGCCUAGCUCUGCAGGCCCCUCACCCCUGAGUGUUUGAGCUCCGCGGCAAGCUGGCCCGUCUGUUGCCCCUCCCCUGGCCUCUGGACAUCUUCUUCAGCUUCCAGGUGGAGCGCCCUCAAGGUCAGUGUGGGAAGUGGCUUCAAGUCCUGCACCCACGCAGCCGAUGGACGCUGAGGUGGCAGGAAGAGUGUACACCGGAGCGUCUUUGCUGGCUCUUAAAACAGCAGCAGCGAUCCAAGAGGCCACGCCUUCACUUUCCCCGACUGUGAAGUCAGUGGCAGUAGAAAUGACUGGCAGAAAGCCAGGCCCUGCUAUUGCAGAUGACUCUGCUAAGCCAUCACAUUUGUCCCCAGCUCCAGAGAAUUCCAAAGGGCCCGCCCUUUUAGCAGGACACACAUCUUCCUCUGUGGUGCCUUCCCCUCUGCCUCUCACCACAGCCAGCCACGGACAGGAACCCUCUGGGGCCGUUCCUGCAUCACCGUCGUUUGGCUCAGCAGCAGACUUGCCCACCAUGCCUACUCUCUUCCAGCCGGCAAAGAAUCACGCCUCUCUCUCCGCCGCGCCCAAAAUGCCAGCUCCUCAAGGAGAGGGCAACAACGGAUCACCUCCUACUGCAGCUACAGACUUCCUCCUCUCAAGCAAAUUUCCUAAUUUUCUUUCCUUAACUUGGACAUUUCCCCUGCAGAAAGAAGAUAGCAUGACAGCUGUUCUAAAGAAAAAUGAAAAGGCAAAUUUGACAGUUGCUCUCCAGACCCUUCCAAGGAAAGAGAUUCCCAGUCUUCACACGGUAAAUGGAUUCACUUCUACUUUUAGCACUGAUUGCAUUUCAUCUACUGUCAUUACAACUCCAAGAACGCAUCUCCUUUCUUCAGAAUUAUCUCCGCCUUCCACCUCCACCCAGACUGUUUCCCCAUCUCUGAGCUUUUCCAGCACCACGCCAGAGACUUACGCAGCUGUGAUGGACCAUUCUGAGUUGUCAGUUUCAGCUUCCAAACAGGUGACAGCAUUUCCCUCCCCCGGUGAGGUCUAUGAUUUCUCAACAAUGGGAGACACGAAAAAGCCAGCAAUCACAGAUGUUUUCUGGAGUUCUCUUUCCGCAGAAACUGGAUCCCUUUCCACAGAACCCACGAUAUCUGGCUCACUGCAGCAAACAAAUUAUGAUUUAAAUGGGCACAUAAUUAACUCCACAAAUUGGGAAACUCAUUCAGCUUCAGCUACUCCUGCCAGUGGUUUAACGUCAGCUGCCAGUACAGUAAGGUCUCGGGAUAUCAAAGACACUGCUGGGCACCUAGCAGCUGCAGAAGGCUCCAGCAUUCAGGAUCCAGUCCUUGGCACAAGCUCCGGCCAGCCUGUUCAACAGUCAGACAUUACUGUGGUUGGGAGCCACACAGACUUCUUGUCCAUAAGCAAUAACAACCAUGCUGGAGACUUCCAAACAGCUGAAGUUGAAGAUUACCUAUCCACAAGUCAACAUUCUGUGUCUUGUCCUCGUCUGCAGCUGCCUGCCCAUCUAACACAGCCUCUCUUGCUAACCUCUCCAAGUCUAACUUCCACAGCUAGCUUGCAGAACAUGCUUUCAGGUGGAAUAGAGACGAAUUCCCAAAUUUCCAGCGACAUCUAUCCAUCUCCUGUGAUAAAUGAUUCCACACCAUUCCAGAGUAUCCUGAGAUAUCACUCUCCUGCUGAAUCUCAUCCUCUAUCCACCAGCGCCUUUUUCAGGACCCCAUCGAAAGUGCUGCUGGCUUCUCAACACUCCAAGAAAUGGACAGCGGACUCCUCAGUGUCGUCCAAGGCAGAACCAACAGCAGCAGCAGCAGCAGCCACCUUGUUUUGGAGGAAACCAAGCCCACCGGCCGUGUCUGCAGCCCUGGUUGCUAAGGGGACCAGCGGCAGCCCUUCAGCCAUGGCCUUAGGAUUAGCCAAGAGCAGUCUGACCACUGCUCUAGCUAAAAAUGUCACAAGCAACGCAGCAUCUGGCCCAAAGGAGACACCGGGAGCAGCCCAUGCAGCCUUCUCGUUCACGCCAGCCUACAUGUCUGCAAGAACAGCACACACCAUGAGCGCUCACACAGCCAUGCAGGGGGACAUGGGCACUGCCGUUGGCCUCCAGUCCACAACACACCUCCCCAGGACACCACAAGCCAUGCACACGGGCCUCCCCAACCUCCCCCACCCAGACACUCCCACGGCGUCCACCGCACGCCCGCUGACAGUCCUGGCGGCCUUGACAUCCGUCUCUGCAGCAGUAAGGGCGACCUGGUGGCCGCCUGUGCUGGCAGAGAACACGAAUGCUGCUCUUCCUGCCGCACCAACUGCUGUGGCCACGACGGGCAGGAGGGCAUCCAGCCUGGAGUGUCAGAUGUCCAGUAAGCUCCUGGUGAAGACGGUUCUCUUUCUGACGCAAAGGAGAGUGCAGAACAGCGAAACUUUGAAGCUCAGUGUAGCCAGAGGGCUCACGCAGGCCUUGCGGAAGGCUUUCCAGCAGAGUGAUGUCUCGGCUCAUGUGGACAUUCUGGAACAUUCUCAUAACGUCACAGUUGGUUAUUAUGCUACCAAAGGGAGGCUGGUGUACUUGCCUGCCGUAGUGAUCGAAAUGCUGGGUGUUUAUGGGGUCAGCAACGUCACUGCAGAUCUGAAGCAGCACACCCCAAGCUUGCAGUCUGUGGCAGUGCUUGCCUCCCUGUGGAACCCCCAGCCCGCAGGCUACUUCCAGCUGAAGACAGUGCUGCAGUUUGUGAGCCCGUCUGACAACAUACAGUCCUGCAAGUUUGCUCAGACGAUGGAACAGAGGCUGCAGAAGGCUUUCCAGGAUGCCGAGAGGAAAGUCCUGAACACCAAGAGCAACCUGACAAUUCAGAUUGUGAGCACGUCCAACGCCUCCCAGACAGUCACGCUGAUGUACGUGGUGGGCAACCAGAGCUCCUUCCUCAACGGCACCGUGGCCAGCAGCCUCCUCCGCCAGCUCUCGGCUGAGCUGGUGGGGUUCUACCUCACCUACCCGCCGCUCACCACUGCCGAACCACUGGAAUAUCCCAACCUUGACAUAUCAGAAACAACCAGAGACUAUUGGGUAAUUACAGUGCUGCAGGGUGUGGACAAUUCGCUGGUGGGCCUGCACAACCAGAGCUUCGCCCGGGUCAUGGAGCAGCGCCUGGCCCAGCUCUUCAUGAUGUCCCAGCAACAAGGCCGGCGGUUUAAACGGGCCACCACCCUGGGAAGCUACACUGUGCAGAUGGUAAAGAUGCAGCGGGUGCCGGGACCCAAGGACCCAGCGGAGCUGACUUACUACACCCUGUACAACGGGAAGCCUUUGCUGGGGACCGCAGCUGCCAAGAUCCUGAGCACCAUUGACUCCCAAAGGAUGGCCUUGACCCUGCAUCAUGUUGUCCUUCUGCAAGCUGACCCCGUGGUGAAGAAUCCACCCAACAACCUGUGGAUCAUUGCCGCAGUGCUGGCGCCCAUCGCAGUGGUCACAGUCAUCAUCAUCAUCAUCACCGCCGUGCUCUGCCGGAAGAACAAGAACGACUUCAAGCCAGACACCGUGAUGAACCUGCCUCAGAGAGCAAAGCCUGUGCAAGGCUUUGAUUAUGCCAAGCAGCACCUGGGCCAGCAAGGGGCGGACGAGGAGGUCGUCCCUGUGACCCAGGAAACGGUGGUCCUCCCGCUGCCCGUUAGAGAUGCUCCGGCCUCUCAGGAAAGGGAUGUCGCCCAGGACGAAAGCACCAUCAAGACGGCCAAGUCCACCGAAACCAGAAAGAGCAGGUCGCCCAGUGAGAAUGGCUCUGUCAUCAGCAACGAAUCAGGGAAGCCCAGCUCGGGCAGGCGCUCGCCCCAGAAUGUAAUGGCACAGCAGAAAGUGACAAAGGAGGAGGCACGGAAGAGAAAUGUGCCAGCGAGUGAUGAAGAGGAAGGAGCAGUUCUUUUUGACAACUCUGGCAAGGCAACUGCCGAUCCCUUUGACACGUCUUCUGGAUCUGUGCAGCUCAUCGCAAUCAAGCCCACAGCCCUCCCCGUGGCACACCCCACCUCGGACAGGAGCCAGGAGUCGGCAGCCCUCAGCGGGGAGGUGGACAAAGCCCUGAAGCAGAAGUCCGACAUUGAGCACUAUCGGAACAAGCUGCGCCUCAAGGCCAAGAGGAAGGGGUAUUACGACUUCCCCGCAGUGGAGGUGAACAAGGCUCAGACGGAAAGAAAAAAGAUGUACGAGAAAGCCCCAAAGGAAAUCGAGCAUGUUUUGGAUCCAGACCCAGAACUGUGUGCCCCAUUCGCUGAGUCUAAAAACAGGCAACAGAUGAAGAACUCUGUCUACCGAAGCCGGCAGUCUCUGAAUAGCCCGAGUCCGGGGGAAACCGAGAUGGACCUUCUGGUGACUCGGGAGCGACCCCGGCGUGGGAUCCGGAACAGCGGAUACGACACCGAGCCUGAAAUCAUAGAGGAAACCAACAUCGACAGAGUUAACGAGCCCCGGGGCUACGCCAGGUCGAGGCCGGUGAAAGGCCACUCGGAGACCUCCACGCUGAGCUCCCAGCCCUCCAUCGACGAGGUCAGGCAGCAGAUGCACAUGCUGCUGGAGGAGGCCUUCAGCCUGGCGUCCGCGGGCCACGCGGGCCAGAGCCGGCACCAGGAGGCCUAUGGCUCAGUGCAGCACCUGCCCUACUCGGAGGUGGUAACCAGCGCUCCGGGGACCAUGACGCGGCCCAGGGCUGGGGUGCAGUGGGUGCCGACCUAUCGCCCGGAGAUGUACCAGUACAGUCUGCCCCGGCCGGCCUACAGGUUUUCCCAGCUUCCUGAAAUGGUCAUGGGCUCUCCCCCUCCGCCUGUACCCCCCCGGACUGGCCCUGUGGCCGUCGCUUCUCUCAGGCGGUCCACCUCGGACGUGGGCAGCAAGACCAGGACGGCCGAGGCCGCGGGACCCGAGCCCGCCCCGCUGCACGACAGUGCCGCCUUCGCGCACGUGUCCCGAGGCCCCGUGUCCGUGGCGCAGCUGGACCAGUCGGCGUUAAAUUACUCAGGUAAUACGGUGCCGGCUGUGUUCGCCAUCCCAGCUGCCAACAGACCCGGCUUCACGGGCUACUUCAUCCCGACGCCUCCCUCGUCCUACAGGAACCAGGCCUGGAUGUCCUAUGCAGGGGAGAGUGAGCUCCCGAGCCAGUGGGCCGAUUCGGUCCCCCUCCCAGGGUACAUCGAGGCCUACCCCCGGUCACGGUAUCAGCAGAACUCACCAUCCAGGCUCCCCCGCCAGUACAGCCAGCCGGCCAGCCUGCACCCCAGCUUGGAGCAGGCCCCAGUGCCCUCGGCAGCGGCCUCGCAGCAGAGCCUGGCAGAGAAUGACCCGUCCGACGCGCCGCUCACCAACAUCUCCACGGCAGCCCUCGUGAAGGCCAUCCGGGAAGAGGUGGCAAAGCUGGCCAAGAAACAGACGGACAUGUUUGAGUUCCAGGUCUGAUGCUUUGCCCAAGGGGCUUCCACUGAGGAAGCCGUCUGCGGUUCUCAAGCCUAAGGUGUUGGGACUUGAGACACAGACGAUGUGUGAGUCUUUCUCACCCUCAGUUUCUCAAAAGGUGAACAGUAGGGCUUCUGGGAAACAGGAAACUCUUGAACGACCUGCUUCUCGGCUUAUUCAGCUGAUUGUAGGUCAAGAAGUCCCUGCCUGGGAACAUAUGUUUGAUAUUCUGUUGUGUUAAAUGUUUGAACUGUGGGCGUAUUUCCCUGUGGAGCCUUAGUCACGAGAGACUGGCAAAUCUGCAGAUUCCUGUCCAAUGCCACAUUUUCAUAAAUCACCAGAAGGGGGAGGA